ACAUAAAAUAUUGUUCCUGUGAGAAAAGUUUUAUUCAGGCAGAAAGUGUGCAGAUGAAGUCGGAUGUGAUACAAAAUGGUGGCGGUGUGAAGUGCACUAGGUAGUGAACAGGGCUGGGAUUGUGAGCAGGAGGAGGAGGAGGAGGAGGAGGAGGAGCUAAGUGUGAGUGAGUGUGUGUGUGUGUCAGUGUGAGUGUGUGUGUGAGAGAGAUCCAACACCCUAAACUUCUAGGAACAAAAGUAAAGUAAAGGCAGCAGCAGCAGCAGCAGUUUACCGCCUGAUCAGGAGCAUCAUCUCACCAUGCCGGUGUUCCACACUAAGACCAUAGAGAGCAUCCUGGAGCCUGUGGCCCAGCAGAUCUCUCACCUGGUCAUCAUGCAUGAGGAAGGCGAAGUGGACGGGAAGGCGAUCCCGGAUCUGUGCGCUCCGGUGGCGGCGGUGCAGGCAGCAGUCAGUAACCUGGUCCGGGUGGGGAAGGAUACAGUGCAGACUACAGAGGAUGCCAUCAUGAGGAGAGACAUGCCUCCUGCAUUCAUAAAAGUGGAGAAUGCAUGCACUAAGCUGGUCCAGGCAGCUCAGAUGCUGAAGUCUGACCCGUACUCCGUCCCCGCUCGGGAUUAUCUCAUCGACGGCUCACGCGGUAUUUUAUCAGGAACCUCGGACCUUCUGCUCACCUUUGAUGAAGCUGAGGUGCGUAAAAUCAUCCGUGUGUGUAAAGGUAUUUUGGAGUAUCUGACCGUCGCUGAAGUGGUGGAGAGCAUGGAGGACCUGAUCACAUACACCAAGAACCUCGGACCAGGCAUGACGAAGAUGGCGAAGAUGAUUGACGAGCGGCAGCAGGAGCUGACUCACCAGGAGCACCGCGUCAUGCUCGUUAACUCCAUGAACACGGUGAAGGAGCUGCUGCCUGUCCUCAUCUCAGGAAUAAAGAUCUUUGUUACGACAAAGACAGCUCAGAGUGGAGGUAUAGAUGAGGCCGUGAAGAACAGGAACUUCACUGUGGAAAAGAUGAGCGCAGAGAUCAAUGAGAUCAUCCGAGUGCUCCAGCUCACAUCCUGGGAUGAAGAUGCCUGGGCCAGCAAGGACACGGAGACGAUGAAGCGAGCGCUGGCACUCAUCGACUCUAAAAUGGCUCAGGCAAAGAACUGGCUUAAGGAUCCCAAUGCACAGCCUGGAGAUGCAGGUGAACAGGCUGUCAGGCAGAUCCUGGAUGAAGCAGGGAAGGUGGGUGAACUGUGUGUGGGUAAUGAGAGGAAAGAGAUUCUGGACACAGCCAAAGUCCUCGGACACCUGACUGACCAGGUCGCAGAUCUGCGUUCCAGGGGUUCUGGUACCAGUCCUGUGGCCAUUCAGAAAGCACAGCAGGUUGCUCAGGGGCUUGACAUGUUGUCUGGGAGAGUCGCGAAUGCAGCAGAUAAACUGGAGGCCAUGACCAAUGCCAAACACACACUCGCCAAGAAAGCAGAGGCAGCACAGGCCUGGCUAGCUGAUCCCGCCUCCGGUCCUGAGGGGGAGGAGCAUGUGAAGGCCGUUCUCGCCGAGGCUCAGAAUAUCGCAGCUCUUUGUGAGGAUCCUCGUGAAUAUGACGAUAUUCUGCGCAAUGUGAACGAAAUUGCCGCUCUCACAGGCAAACUGUCCCAACUCCGCAAAGCGGGUAAAGGUGAUACCCCCGAGGCUCGUGCCCUGGCUAAGCAGAUCGCCACAGCUCUGCAGAAUUUACAGUCUAAAACAAACCGCGCCGUAGCGAACACUCGCCCGGCCAAAGCGGCAGUUCACCUGGAGGGUAAGAUGGAGCAGGCGCAGCGCUGGAUAGACAACCCCACCAUGGAGGAUGGAGGAGUGGGUCAAGCUGCAAUUCGUGGGCUGGUUGCAGAAGGGCGUCGCCUCGCUAACGUCUUACCUGGCUCUCAGAGGGCGGAGCUUAUGGGAAAGUGUGAGCAGGUGGAGCAUCUGAUGGGUCAACUGGCUGAACUGAGCGCUCGGGGACAAGCAGAUAGUCCACAAGCACAAGCUCUCGCUCAGCAGCUCCAACACGCACUCAAAGACCUUAAAGGUAAAAUGCAGGAGGCCAUGACACAGGAAGUGUCCGACAUCUUCAGUGACACAACAACUCCAGUAAAACUGCUGGCUGUAGCUGCGACUGCUCCACUAGGCACUCCUAACAGAGAUGGGGUGUUUGAGGAGCGAGCAGCAGGGUUUGAGACUCACGCUGCGAGACUCGGUGCAACAGCAGAUAAAGCAGCAGCAGUAGGAGCAGCCAAUCGCAGUACAGUGGAGGGAAUCCAUGCUGCCGUCAAGUCCGCCAGAGAUCUCACACCUCAGGUGGUAUCUGCUGCUCGUAUCCUACUGAAGAACCCUGGGAACCAGGCUGCUCAUGAACACUUUGAGACCAUGAAGAACCAGUGGAUCGACAAUGUGGAGAAAAUGACCACUCUGGUGGAUGAAGCGAUAGACACUAAGUCUCUGUUGGAUGCAUCGGAGGAGGCCAUUAAACACGACCUGGAGAAGUGUCAUGUGGCCAUGGCCAAUCACCAGCCUCAGAUGCUGGUUGCCGGGGCGACGAGCAUAGCGCGCAGGGCCAACCGCAUCGUGCUAGUGGCGAAGCGGGAGGUGGAAAACUCUGAGGAGCCCAAGUUCAGGGAGACGCUGAGGGAAGCAGCCAAUGAGCUCAGUGCCUCUAUAUCACCCAUGGUGAUGGGGGCAAAGAGUGUGGCUAAUAAUAUACAGGACCCAACUCUACAGAAAGGCUUUAUGGACUCGGGUUACAGGAUUUUGGCGUCAGUAGCUAAAGUCCGUGAAUCGUUUCAGCCUCAGGAACCUGAUUUCCCUCCUCCUCCUCCUCCAGACCUCCAGCAGCUCAGCAUUAAUGAUGAGGGUGCCCCCCCAAAGCCCCCCCUGCCUGAGGGUGAAGUCCCGCCCCCACGGCCGCCGCCCCCUGAGGAGAAAGAUGAGGAGUUUCCUGAGCAGAGAGCCGGAGAGAUGGUCAGCGAACCCAUGAUGGUGGCAGCGCGGCAGCUUCACGAUGAGGCUCGCAAGUGGUCCAGCAAGGGUAAUGACAUCAUAGGUGCAGCUAAGCGCAUGGCCCUGCUGAUGGCAGAAAUGUCUCGGCUGGUACGAGGAGGAAGCGGAAACAAGCGCGCGCUCAUCCAGUGUGCUAAAGACAUCGCCAAGGCUUCAGAUGAGGUGACGAAACUCGCUAAGGAGGUGGCUAAGCAGUGCACGGAUAAACGCAUUCGCACUAACCUGCUGCAGGUGUGUGAGCGCAUCCCCACCAUCAGCACUCAGCUAAAGAUUCUCUCCACGGUGAAGGCCACCAUGUUGGGACGUACCAACAUUAGUGAGGAGGAGUCUGAGCAGGCGACAGAGAUGUUGGUCCACAACGCUCAGAAUCUGAUGCAGUCGGUGAAGGAGACGGUGCGUGAGGCCGAGGCUGCGUCCAUCAAGAUCCGCACGGACGCCGGCUUCACGCUGCACUGGGUCCGUAAGACCCCCUGGUACCAGUGAGGAGGGGCACACACACACACACACACACACUCAGUCCUCCUCAGGUCCACACACCCCUCUGAUGACCGACGGUUCCACUUCCUUUUCUAUCAUUUGUAAUAAACUCUUCUUGUUUAGCAGCGAGAUCUUGACUGUUUUUAUACUGAACUCUUUACCUUUAAUGCUGAUGAUUGUUUCCUCUGGAUUACGUUUGUGUGUGAAUCCUCUCGUGUGUCUGAGUGUUAUGAAGAUCAUCAGGAUGCAUCACGACGGCGUAAUGAUCACGUUUCCGUAUAAUAAUCUCCCAGUAUUGAAUUUAUUAUGCACUACGUUUAUUUCACGCUUAGCAGCGUCUCUUUCUCUCUUUAUAAAAAGUAUUUUAUGCCAAGUACAGAGUUUCAAAUACUGAGAAAAAACUUCUAUUAUUUUCAGUCGCUAUGAAUCUAGUUUUUUUUUUUUUUUUUAAUUUUUUUUAUUUCAGGCUUUUUUCAGGCCCUAAGUCUAGCUCCGCCCCCUGCUGGACUGAAGCAGCUCUGUUUUGUCUAGUCGUCAUGCUGUUUUUCAACUUGUGAUGCAGCUGUAAGAUGAUUAAUAUACUGCAGAUUAGAAAAAAAAACAGAAUAAAUUUUUUUUUAAAUUUUAACAAAUUUUUAAAAAAUAUUUUUUUUUAUUAAAAUAUCUAACUGGGGCCUUCAUGGUAUAGAUAGCUAAUUAAAGCAUUAUAAAACAUACCCCACUGUAAUGUUUAUAUUGAUCAGAGUCAGUGAUCUGGAACUGAAGUUAAAUCUAUUGAUCUUUCCUCCAGCUGCUUAUUAACAAGUGCCUGAGGUUUAGUUAGACGUGGGCAUUAUGGGGACAGAGACACAGAGACACACGGCUUCAGUCUCCUGUGCAGAAAAGUCAUGUGUUCUGUUUUAUUUGGAUUCUUUUUUAGUUCUUAAAAUAGUUUUUAACAAUUAUUUUUUUAAACUUAACUGCAUCUCUAAUAAGCCUUUGUGCUUUAAUAGUGUAUUUAACACACACACACACACACACACACACACACACACACACACACACUGCUGAUUCUCCUACACACUCACGGAGCUGAACACACUAAUGAACACACUCACAUAUAUAAGUGUGUAAUAGAGUCUAUGCAUUUAUAAUGUAUGUUUGUGGUGAUGAUGAUGAUGAUGAUGAUGAUGAGUGUGAAUGUAAAAGAGAUGUGUGUGAUGUACCGCCUGCUCACGUGCCUUUUAUUAAACCAACACAAAACUUUUCAACACA